AUGGAAUGUCCAAACAGUCCACAACUUUUCGAUGAAAAGGAUGCUAUUGCAUUAUCCAUUCUCAGUAUUGUAAACGAAUUUUGUCUGUCUUAUCGUAAACUUCAUAAAUAUGUUAGUAUGAUACUGUGUGUGUUUGGGUUACUCGCAAACUGCACACACAUCUGGAUCCUUAAAAGGCCGUCAAUGUUACGAUCUUCUGUUCAUACUGUUCUCAUUUGCAUAGCACUGGCUGAUAGCGGUACUAUGAGUUCAUAUGCUAUUUAUCUUUUGCGAUAUGAAUUCUGCGCAAGCAGUACUGGGGGAUACUCAUACGGUUGGGUACUGCUGCUCAAACUACAUGUAGUAUUGAGUACUGCAUUACAUAGUAUAUCACUAUAUCUUCUUGUUUUCAUCACUUAUAUUCGAAUCUGUUCAGUGCAAACCCAACGCAGUCAGCUCCUUGAAACCAGAGUUGCUGGGCUUAUAUCACUGUUAAUAUCUUUUGCAAUAUUCGCUUUGUGCAUUCCUACAUUGUUGGCGCACGAUAUUGUUCUCCAAGAGAACAGUCCUCAUUUCAUAGGACUGAAAGAAAUCCAUCCCACAGAUCUCUCAGAAUCAGAUUCAAGUUCUAUUUCUAACAAAUACAGUAUCGGUCUCUCCAAAAUGUUUGUCAACAACGAUUGUUUCCUGUUGAAGCUGAAUUUAUGGCUUACUGGAAUUAUGAUGAAAGUGAUACCGUGCAUAUUACUGCUGUUUUUAACGUAUUGUCUAUUGGUAAAAUUAGCCAAGAAUAAGAAGAAACGAGUAGCACUGCUGCGAGAAAGAGCUAAGGACAGAGUUUACAAGGAUCACACAACUUGCAUGCUACUUCUGAUGGUUUCUAGCUUUUUGUGUACUGAAUUACCGCAGGGAAUUAUAGCUAUUUUUAAUGCUAUUUACACAGCUCAGUUUCAUUUCUAUGUUUAUUUAACGAUCGCCGAUAUACUUGACGUAUUAUCACUUAUCAACUGCUACGUUGGUUUUACCGUAUAUUUCUGCACAUGCAGUCGUUACCGUCGAACAUUUUAUUCCAUAAUACCUUAUUUCGGAGCGCAAAAACGUGAACAAGCUCGAUAG